CGAACGUACGUUCUCCGCCUCUCUAGGGAUAGGAGUUAAGCUGCGAGAGAGUCGUACUGUUGGACUCGAUAGGGGAAAAAUAUAUAUAUUAUAUAUAUAAUAUAUUUUAAAUUCGUAUAAAUUGAUCAAAUCGAAACAUAACAGUGUAACUACUAUUGUGAAUAUUGCUAUAGACCAAGAUGGAACUAAGAGAAAAACAUGGUAAUUAACGAAAUUGCAGGUAGAAGGUAGGAGAUCGUCAGUCGGUUGAGAUGUUUAAAAAUCGUCGUAAAGCACCAUCGAACGAUGCUCAUCAACAGACGGCCGAAACGGACGCGGUCAACAAGCGUCAAACCUCAUCUCCCAACUGCGAAACAUGCGGACGUCAAGCAUCUUCCAGGUUUGCUAUGACUCGUCACCGCCUCAAUUAUCACGGUAGUUGCCUACAGGCCAGAUCGGACUCGCCGAAACAUUCUCCAGAGCGAACGAACAACAACAGCAGUACAAGCAAAGAAUCUAGUCCCGGCAAAGGAAGUCGCUUUUUACAUGGAAAAACCGAAAGAUCCUCGUCUCCUAUACCAAAAUUACGGACUACCAGGCGUGUUUUGGCCAGUCUGACAGGUAACAAGUCGUCGUCGUCGUCGCUGGUCGAAAGCCCCCCUUCGGGUGAUCACAAGAAGGAAAGGAAAAAAAGGAUACCGGCCAAAACCGAAAAGAAGAAGAGCGACAUGACGGAAAGCGUAGAGGAUAACUUAACGAAAGAAAGUGCCGAAGUAUGCGUCAAUAAGAACGAAACGUCGGUGGUCGAGGAGGACGAAGCCGUCAAAGCCAGGGAUACUUCGCCGUGUGGCAGGUUUCUGAAAUUCGAAGAAGAAAUCGGACGCGGCUCGUUCAAGACCGUGUACAAAGGCCUGGAUACGUCGACGGGUGUGGCAGUGGCAUGGUGCGAAUUGCAGGAACGUUUAAACAAAACUGAAAGACAGAGAUUCAGGGAAGAAGCAGAAAUGCUGAAGGGUCUUCAGCAUCCGAACAUUGUUCGAUUCUAUGAUUAUUGGGAAGUCAACACACCAAAGAGAAAAUAUUUAGUAUUAAUAACUGAAUUAAUGACAUCAGGAACAUUAAAAACGUAUGUCAAAGCUUUUUAUUUAUUUUAUGAGUUUUAUUUAAAAAUUUUAACUUUUUAGCAUCUUUUACUGUUU